CAGGGGCCACAGGGAGAGACUGAACCCAGUGGCUUGGGGAGUGGGCACAGGUGCUGGGAAGAGGGAGGUGCUAAGUCAGUGCAGAGCUUUCUCUCCAGGGCAGCUGUUAGAGCAAUUGCUUCCAGCACCUUGAGAGUGAUGGGUCUUCUGACCUCUUUCCCCUCCUUGACUCUGGCUCUGAGAAUCUGCUUUGCAGAUUCUGAAAACCCCUGAGAGUUGGUUCUCCAACCUGGCUGGGGGAGCUCAGGCAUUCCUUUCCAUCUCUGGGCCUCAGUGUUAACAGCUGUAAGAUAAUGGGGCAGAUGAGAUGGUCUUUAAGGGCCUCUCUCCCAGGGCCAAAGUUUCACAGCUCUGUGGUCUCUUCUUUUGCACAUGUCCACCCUCUCCCUGUCCUCCUCCUUUCCCAAAUUCUUGGUCCCUUCCUUCUGCCCAAAACAGUUCCAGAUUCAAAUAGUCCCUGGAUCCCCUCCCACGCAUUCCAGCCUGAAUCAAGUGUCAUUUAAUCAGCGAGUUUAUUCAUUUUAGGGGCUGGAAGAGAACCAAUAGCAUAUGCCAGGCCCUUAGUUUACCAUAAUAACCCUGCAAGGGAGGCAUAUUAUAGGUGAGAAAGCUAAGGCUCAGAGAGGUUAAAUUAUGAGCUCAGAGUUGCACAGCCAUUAAGAAGUGAGUUAAGCUGUAUUCUGUCUGUUCUACCCUGCCUAUUCUGUCUAUUCUACCAUGCUGAGUGUCCUGCCCUUUCUGGGGAUGGUGAGGUUUCAGUUUCAUGCUGAAAUACACACGCAAGGAGUUCUCACGGGGACAUUUCAGGCAACAAGGAGAGAGGCAAAAAACAAAACAUCAAAAAACAUUCUAGGAAAGACAUGAAAGUCUCACCUUCUGCAGCAGCAGCUCCUUGAAGGGUCGGGCUCUAAAAGUGCUUGCUUUUUGUUAGCUGAAAUAAGCUUUGGGAGGAGGGUUACUCCUGUGAUUUUAUACACGUCACAAACAUCUCUAUUUCCUGACCAGGCCAGGAAACAUUAAGUGAUGUGGGGUCCCAGGGAGCAUGGGGAGCAGGCCGGCCUCACAUAUCUCAGGAGCUAUGUCUAGCUGGAGGCUGCAAGGGGACUCCUGCCCUGCUGAGGAAUGGAUGAGGCCACUCCCUUCCAGCCAGACUUUGUGUAAUCUGGUGUACCAGAUGUGGCUCUGGCAUGAAAGCAAACAGGAUACACUAAGAUGUUCCUGUGGGUUAUUUUUGCAAUGGUAGCAUCACAGGGGACUUUUGUUUUUGUUUUUUGGCCUCUUUCUUAUUUUUCCACUGUAUUUCUACAUUUUACAAUGAAUGUAUAUUAUUAUGGUAAUCAGGAAAAAAUAACAUGUUAAAAAAGUAAGGAGAGAGAGCAUGCAGUGAUCUGGAAUCAGAGGCCAGCUAAUUCCUCUGGCCAGCUGUACCUGCCUUGCAGUGUGGCCCUGGAGUUCCUGGGAAACCAGAGAGGCGAUACCUGUUCACCCCUUCACGAGGGAGCCAGGAAGACACAGCAAUGACUGGGAUAAAAAAAGGGUAUCUGGAAACACAAAGCCUUGUGACAUCGGGACUGGGCACUUCCUUCCAACAUGGCCGCCACUGCCUCUCCACAGCCACUCACCACUGAGGAUGCCGGUCCUGAGAAUAGCAGCUUCUAUUACUAUGACUACCUGGAUGAGGUGACCUUCAUGCUCUGCAGGAAGGAUGCAGUGGUGUCCUUUGGCAAAGUCUUCCUGCCAGUCUUCUAUAGCCUGAUUUUUGUGUUGGGCCUGAGCGGGAACCUUCUUCUUCUCAUGGUCUUGCUCCGGUACGUGCCUCGCAGGCAGAUGACUGAGGUCUAUCUGCUGAAUCUGGCCAUCUCCAACCUUCUGUUUCUGGUGACACUGCCCUUCUGGGGCAUCUCCGUGGCCUGGCAUUGGGUCUUUGGGAGUUUCUUGUGCAAGAUGGUGAGCACUCUUUAUACUACUAACUUUUACAGUGGCAUCUUUUUCAUUAGCUGCAUGAGCCUGGACAAGUACCUGGAGAUCGUUCAUGCUCAGCCCUACCACAGGCUGAGAACCCGGGCCAAGAGCCUGCUCCUUGCUACCAUAGUCUGGGCUGUGUCCCUGGCCGUCUCCAUCCCUGAUAUGGUCUUUGUACAGACACAUGAAAAUCCCAAGGGUGUGUGGAACUGCCACGCAGAUUUCGGCGGGCAUGGGACCAUUUGGAAGCUCUUCCUCCGCUUCCAGCAGAACCUCCUAGGGUUUCUCCUUCCACUCCUUGUCAUGAUCUUCUUCUAUGCCCGUAUUGGUUGUGUCUUGAUGAGGCUGAGGCCCCCAGGCCAGGGCCGGGCUCUAAAAAUAGCUGCAGCCUUGGUGGUGGCCUUCUUCGUGCUAUGGUUCCCAUACAAUCUCACCUUGUUUCUGCAUACACUGUUGGACCUGCAAGUAUUCGGGAACUGUAAGGUCAGCCAGCAUCUAGACUACGCACUCCAGGUGACAGAGAGCAUCGCCUUCCUUCACUGCUGCUUUUCACCCAUCCUGUAUGCCUUCUCCAGUCGCCGCUUCCGCCAGUACCUGAAGGCUUUCCUGGCCGCUGUGCUUGGAUGGCACCUGGCACCUGGCACUGCCCAGGCCCCAUUAUCCAACUGUUCUGAGAGCAGCAUACUUACUGCCCAAGAAGAAAUGACUGGCAUGAAUGACCUUGGGGAGAGGCAGUCUGAGAACUCCCCUAACAAGGAGGAUGUGGGGAAUAAAUCAGCCUGAGUGACCAAACCUCAGUCUGAUGGGAAUAGAUGGGAACCAGCUCAAUUGGGCAUCCACUCAAAGUGCUGUCUCCAGGGGCCUCAGUGACCGUGUUGCUAAACCCAGUGGUCAGUUCUCAGUUCUCAACCAUCAGCAGCAUUUGCUCGCCCCUGCCUUCUUCCUCCACUUUCUUCACUUGCUUCCAGGACACCGCGCUUUCUUCUCUGAAUUCCUACAAUGAUCCUUCCUUCCUUCCUUCCUUCCUUCCUUUCUUCCUUCCUUCCUUCCUUCCUUCCUUCCUCUGUCUUCCUUCCCUUCCUUCCUUCCCUUCCUAUGUUUCCUCCUGCCUUCCUUCCUUCCUUUCCUUCCUUCCUUCCUUCCUUCCUUCCGUUCCUUCCUUCCUUCUGACAGUGUCUUGCUCUAUUGCUAUGUUGCCCAGGCUGGAGUGCAGUGACUGCAGCCUCCUCCUCUCGGGUUGAAGCGAUUCUCCUGCCUCAGCCUCCCAAGUAGCUGCCACCAUGCCCAGCUAAUUUUUGUAUUUCUUUUUCUUUUUAUUUCUUUUUUCUUUUUUUUUUUGAGAUGGAGUCUCACUCUUGUUGCCCAGGUUGGAGAGCAAUGGCGCAAUCUCAGCUUACUGCAACCUCCACCUCCUGGGUUCAAGCGAUUCUCUUGCCUCAGCCUCCUGAGUAGCUGGAACUACAGGUGCCUGCCACCAUGCCCAGCUAAUUUUUGUAUUUUUAGUAGAGACAAGGUUUCACCAUGUUGGCCAGGAUGGUCUUGAUCUCUUGACCUCGGGAUCCACCCGCCUUGGCCUCCCAAAGUGCUGGGAUGACAGGUGUGAGCCACCAUGCCUGGCCCUAAUUUUUGUAUUUUUAUUUGAAAUGGAGUUUCACCAUGUUGGCCAGGCUGGAGAAUUGCUGCAAUAGUUUUUCAGCUGGCCCCUGUGCUUCCUCUCUCUUGCUCUCCUCCCUUCUCAUCUGCACCUAGCAGCCAGAGUGAUCCUGACACUCUCAGUCUUUACUCCCUCCUUCCUCAGAGCAUCAGCCUGUCAAAACACCAGAUUAUAACAAAUUUAGUUUCAAGGUCUCAGCGUUAUUGGCAACUCUAGAAUCAGGCGAUACACUCAUUGAAUCAGGAACAGAUUCACUACAUAAAAUAGAAAGAGUAUUCCAAUGAGCUGGGUGGAAGAAGUUAGUUUUAUAGAUAGGAAAGGGCUGUCGAAAGCAGGAAGAAAUGAAGAAAAAAAAGAAGAUUUUUUUUUUUUUUUUGACACAGGGUCUCACUCUGUCACCCAGGCUGAAGUCCACUCCCACAAUCAUGGCUCACUGCAGCCACCACCUCCUGAGCUCAAGUGAUCCUCCCAUCUCAGCCCCCCAAGUAGCUAGGACUGCAGGAGCACACCACCACACCUGGCUAAUUUUUAUAUUUUUUUGUAGAGACAGGGUCUCACUAUGUUACCCAGGUUGGACUGGAACCCCUUGGCUCAAGCAAUCUGCCUGCCUCAGCCUCCCAAAGUGCUGGGAUUACAGGUGUGAGCCACUGCACAGGGCCAGACUGGUCAUUUCAAAGUUACUUUCUAUAUAUGGCUGGAACAGGGUGUUUGACAUCAGUUUACUUUUUAAUGAUGAUUAAAACAGGGGAAACUUCAUUAUCAUGAGCUUGGUUACUGUCUGCAUUAUCACGUCAACUGAAACUGUCAUGUUUGGGAAUUUGGCUGUUAACUCUGUCUCCAGGAGUUUCAAAGGUCAGAUAACAACUUAGUUUCGGUUUGAGGAAAUGGAACUUUCAUACAACAGAUUCCAUUUUGGUUCGGUCUGGUCAGCUGGGACCUAGUGCAGGAGCUUAGUCCAAACAAUGGCCUCCCAUAGUUUUUAUUUAACAAGCCCAACUCCUUACGGUAAUCCUUUAAGGCCUAUGUGAUCUGUGAUCUGCACCCGCCCUGGUUACACUCUUUGCCCUUAUGUCCACCAGCCUCCAGUGCUCCAGACACAACUGAUCUCAAACACGCCUGACACAUCCCCCUGGGGAUUCCUCUUCCUGGACUGCUCUCCUCUCAGCUGUCUGCUUGGCUCACUCUCUCACCUCCUGAGGUCUUAGCUCAGAUCUCACCUUUCACUCACCUGUCCAACCUAUUUAACACAAACUCGCCCAUCUCUGAUGCUCCUGAUCUUCCUGAUGCUCUAUGUUUUAAUUUUUUCAAUAGCACUUAUUUCUUUCAGACGUUGUAUAUGUUUUUCCUAUUUGUGAGGUUCAGUGCUACUGUCCCCACCCACACUGUCCCAGGUGAAUUCCACAAGGUGGGGAUCUUGGUUAGGCUCACUGCUGUACCCAACCCCCUAACACAGGGCCUAGUGUGUAGGUUUUCAGAAAAUGUCUGUUAAAUGCACGGGUGGAGGAGGAAGCAUUUUCCUUCUGGCAUUGCUGGGGAAAAAGAGCCUAAGGUCCUCCACUCACCAGGGUUCCACAUUCUCUGUAGUCCAGCUGGGAAAUACUAUUAAAAGGACCAUUCUUGUAGCCUUGAUGGUGUCCCCAGCAUCUGGCAAUCAGGAGGGCCUGGAAGUACUCUGCCCAGGGAAUGUCCCAGGACCAUGUGCAGUCUGCAGAAGGAGGCAGUGAACACGCUUGGCCUGGGCCCCAUCUCAGGAGCCUUCAGAUCUCCCUGGGACCUGCACAAUCAAGUCCAAAAUCUUUGUCUGAUGUCAAGGCUAGCGCUUUUGCAAAUAGGACCCCAUACAUCUUCCAGCCCUCAUACUCCUCCAUUCCCUUUUCAUUUCCGGAACAUUUCAACUUCUAUGCCUUUGCUCUUGUGGGCACCCUCAUGUAAUCAGGAUAAUUUCCAGCCAGGUAUUCCCUUCCCUUGUUUUAUAACUGAAUCCCACUUUCUCUGGGACACCACUGCUCGGUCACUCUGCCUUGUGUUUUGAGAGGAGGUUGGGUGGAGCAUGGGACAUGGGUCAGUUACUGCCUUCACAUUUCCCUGGUCAUGGUGAUUUUUUUAGGGGUGGGCACAUGACCCAGGCAGAGCCAAUGAAGUGCGAUGUCACUAGAACAUGCGAGAAGAGAGGCAUGAAACUGAAGCUGAGAGGGUUUGAGAUCUGGAGCUACUCCUUCCUCCACCCAAACUUCAGAAGGUGAAGGAGAUAGCGCAUGUGAGUGAGCAGAUCCUGAGGGCACUGUUUGAGCCUCAGAAACAAAGCACCUCUGAAGCUCGUCCCAAUCUUGGAUUCGACAGUUACAAGAACCAAUAAAUUCCUUUCUGUGUGGAGUCA